CCUCGGAUACUGGCACGCAAAAAGGAGGAUUAGAAAAGGCCUUCCACCCUUGAGAUAUCAUCGAUGGCUUCUCAAUAGACACCAGCGGGCGAGAUACGAUCCGAAUUACCAAAAUCCAACCGUAUACUACGCUCCCUACCCACAAGGAGGUCAAUACAGCAUGUUGAACAAUAUGCCGCCUCCAGUCUAUGACCCCAGUGCUCCGAUGCCUCCAGUUUACCAACCACCCGAGGGAGCAACGAAAGUCGACCCCUCGCAGUGGAGAUCGGAGCCGACCAGAAGGCCUGCGGAGGAAGAUCCGGCGCCGUCCUAUGAAGCUCCGCCAGGACCGCCUCCAAGAGCCGCUGUGCAAGCAGACCACACGGGAACGAGUACCACCAGCAAUAAUCCGUAUAGAGUGUGAGUCAAGAAGUGGAAUCGUUUUGGUGGUGCUUAGGAGUAUGACUUGGUCUUUAAUGUGUAGGGAGCGGGCGUAAUUGAACAUCGACCUGGGAGGACACCUGGUGCCGUAGACCUACGUAUAGUACUAUCAGGAAUAGACACGAAUCAACAAGAUUUGAAGUACAUGGGAAAUUGUCUCUGUUGCAAACCUAUCAAAUUAUAUUAUUCGAGGUAUCAUCCCUCGAAGUUCAUCCCAGAUCCAUAGCGUCUGGAUCAUUUUCUUCCGUCUGAUCUACAGUCGGAGCACUCGGCGGGUUUCCAUUCACCAUACCAUAA